AUGCUUGUGAAUUACUUUGGCUAUUGGAUCAUCACACACCAUUCACAAAACCUUGACCAAAUCCUCUUUCUUCUUUUCUGUUUAAUAACCCCUUCAGUAACUCCAUUAACCUUUGAUUUCCCCAUCUUUAGUCCUACUGAUAUCAACACUAUAUCUCUGGAGGGAGACACUAAUCUCGACAGACAAUUCCUCCGACUCACCAAAAGCUGUUCUCUCGAUCAACAGGAACAAAGCGUCGGUCGAGCCACUUACCACAAACCCUUCCUCCUCCGGGAAACUACUACCGGAAAACUCGCUGAUUUCAGCACACAUUUCACAUUCAUCAUCCAUUCACAAAAUAGUUCCGAAUAUGGAAAUGGACUCACCUUUUUCCUAGCGCCAGAUGGGUCCUUACUCAACCGCAAGCUAGGAAAAGGUAGCAAUCUUGGCCUCCCCGUCCAGCACCUCCCGGGACACACGUCAAUGAAUCAGUACCCUUUUGUGGCGGUGGAGUUUGAUAUCUCGCAAAAUGGAAUCCCAACCAUCCAAGAUCCCAUCUACGAUCAUGUAGGUAUCGAUGUUAACUCUCUCAAGUCAUCUAAGACCGCGCCUUGGAAUGGUAGGGUUUCGGAUGGACGAAAAAAUGAAGCUUGGAUUAAUUACAAUUCUAGCUCCAAAAUACUCACUGUUGCCUUCACGAGUUUCGUUAACGGUACAAAUGGUACCCAACUGCAGAGAACCAUCAACUAUCUCGAUCACAUAAUUGAUCUGAAUCAGCACUUGCCGGAUAGGGUUAUUGUUGGCUUCUCAGCUUCAACGGGGACUCCGGUUGCUCUACAUGGGAUCAAUUCUUGGAGUUUUAAUUCAACUUCAUUGCUUGAUGAGAGUGCAAAUGACAAAAUUAAUAUUGGUCUAGCAUUUGGGUUGGGUGUUGGUGGAUGUCUUAUAUUGUUUGCGGGGUUGGUUUUGUUUUGGAAGAAAGGGGGACUCAGGAAAAGUGAGGAAGAGCCUAUAGUUGUUGAUGAUGAGUUCGAUAAGGGGACCGGCCCAAGGAAGUUUCCAUACAAUGAAUUGGCUCUAGCCACCAGUGAUUUUAAAGAGGAAGAGAAGCUUGGAGAAGGAGGGUUUGGUGGGGUUUAUAAAGGCUUCAUAAAAGAUUUGAACUCAUAUGUUGCUGUUAAGAGGAUAUCCAAGGGGUCGAAACAAGGGCAGAAGGAGUAUACGUCAGAAGUAAGGAUCAUCAGUCGACUUAGGCAUCGAAAUUUAGUGCAACUCAUUGGUUGGUGCCACGAAAAACGAGAACUCCUACUUGUUUAUGAGUUCAUGCCCAACGGCAGCUUAGAUUCACAUUUGUUCAAAGCAAAAAAUAUGUUAGUUUGGGAGGCAAGAUACAGAAUUGCUCAAGGCUUGGCCUCCGGGUUGCUCUAUUUACAUGAAGAAUGGGAGCAAUGUGUGGUGCACAGGGAUAUCAAAUCCAGCAACAUUUUGUUGGAUUCAAAUUUCAACGCAAAACUUGGGGAUUUCGGGUUGGCUCGCCUUGUGGAUCAUGGAGAACAAUCACAAACAACGGUUUUGGCUGGAACUAUGGGUUACAUGGCUCCGGAAUGUCUUACCAACGGAAAGGCUAGCAAGGAAUCCGAUGUUUAUAGCUUCGGAGUUGUUGCACUAGAGAUAGCCUGUGGGAGAAAACCCAUCGAUCCUCAAUUGGAAAGGAAUCAAAUCAAUAUGGUAGAAUGGGUUUGGGAGCUUUAUGGAAAAGGGAAACUCCUCGAAGCGACUGAUCAAAAACUGUGCGAAGAUUUUGAUGAGAAACAAAUGGAAUGCUUGAUGAUAGUUGGUUUGUGGUGUGCUCACCCGGAUUACAAUAUGAGGCCUUCAAUACAACAAGCAAUUCAAGUGCUUAACUUUGAAGCUGCAUUGCCAGUUCUCCCGCCAAAGAAGCCAGUGGCCACCUAUUCUACUCCUCCACCAUCACUCCCAUUGUUAAUGUCUUCUUGUAGCACUACUGGUUUUGAAAUAUGUGAAAUUGAGUCUUCAGGGUAUGCUUAUAGCACUAAUUCCUCAUAG